AUGCCUCCCACGUCACAGAACACCCAAAGUUUUGAAAUUGGGACCAGAAAGUCUCAGCUUGCACUUUUGCAAACAGAAAUCGUGGUCAAGGCCUUGAAAGAAGCAUGGCCAGAAUAUCAAUUUAAUGUCCGACCAAGGGAUACCGCCGCUGGCGAUCUUGACAAAGUGACUCCAUUCAAGGACAUGCCAGUUAAAAAUCUGUGGACGCACGACUUGGAGCAGUCUCUGGUUGAGGAGAAACUGGACCUGCUGGUGCACUCUUUGAAAGAUGUGCCCACUCAGCUACCGGCAGAUUGUGGGCUUGGAGCGAUUCUGGACCGUGAGGACCCACGAGAUGCACUCGUGCUCAAAACUUGUCGUACGAAAUGCGGGCUAGCAGAUCUACCAGCUGGUUCGGUGGUUGGAACGUCAUCGAUACGGAGGGCUGCACAAAUCGCUCUCAGACAUCCCCAUCUGCGCGUACAGGAUGUAAGAGGAAAUGUGCCAACUCGGCUAAAAAAGCUUGAUGAAGAUGACGGUCCCUUUGACGCAUUGAUACUUGCUGCUGCGGGGCUCAUAAGACUUGAUCUAGGUCACCGCAUUUCUGAAUUCUUGACCUCGAAAAAUGGAGGUAUGCUCUACGCUGUGGGCCAAGGUGCAAUCGGGAUUGAGAGCCGUGCAAAGGACGUCCAGAUGUCGCAAAUCCUUGAGAAGAUUAAUAACAACUCGACGAGCUUUGCUUGUCUCGCCGAGCGAAGUUUGUUGAGGACGCUGGAAGGAGGAUGCAGUGCUCCUGUAGGCGUGGAGACAGAGUGGAUAACAGGGUGUGAGGAGGGCCCAAAACUCGUGAUGAGAGCAAUCGUCGUCAGUGUAAACGGAAAAGAAAGUGUAGAAAUAGAGAUGGAGGAGCAUAUUAUGACAGCAGAAUCCGCUGACAGCUUUGGUAUAAAAGUCGCCAAUGCUCUGGUCGCGAAAGGUGCCGAUAAGAUAUUAGACGCCAUAAAAGCAAAGAAAAGGACCGAAGUCGUUGAUCUCCGAGAAUGA